AUGCCACCACGGCUCAACCUCUUCACAGCGAACAAGGCCGUCUCGGCCCUCCGCCAAUCUACCACUCCCGCACUGUCUUCACCCCGGAGCAUCGCCAGCCCAGCUCGAUUCCGCGCUGUCCAGUCCGUACCCCUUCAGAAGCGAUGGAACUCUUCGCGUGAUGGCUCGAAGAAGGUCGAGCCCCAGCCCGAUGAGCAGACCUUUCCGACUUCGGACCAGCUCCCCCAUGUUAGCGAGGAGGCUGCUGAGAUCUCGCGCAUUAUGGAUAAGGAAAAGCGGUGCGAUGGUGUCCCCUCCACUCCAGAGCUGGACCAAGGGACUCCAGUUGAGGAGAUCCUCAGCCGCGAUAAGGAUGCUAUGAAGCACAUGCCCAAGAUUAUGCGGGACGAACUUAAGAAGGCCGGUGGUUCGCGCUCAUUCUCGACCUCGGCUCGUAGCCGCAUGCCGGAUGUGCAGGGCGUUGAGCCUAACAACGAGUUCAUCCCCGCUUCCGGUGCCGGAGCUGGACAGGGCAUUGAGGCUAGCGAUGAGGCUGCUGCUGCUCUUGCUAGCAUGAUUGAGCAGGUACAGGAGCAGGCUCUUGAGCAGAACCCCGGCUUGAAGUUCGAUGAGCCCGUUCUGCCUAGCAACAUUCGCACAUUGAACUUCCGGAAACGCUACGAUACGUUGCAGGACCAGUUCACUAAGAUGAUGAUGGAGAGUGGGAAACUGACCCGGGCGCAAAAGAAUAUGUCCAUCGUUCUGGACCAUCUCCGCACCGCCGCCCCUCCACAGGUGAACCCUCGCCGCCGUCUCCUCGGUGCUCCUCCCGCUUCCCAGCUCCCCCUCGACCCCGUCCUCUACCUCACCCUGAUCGUCGACUCCGUCGCUCCUCUUUUCCGAAUCCGUCAGCAGAAGGGUAUCGCCGGUGGUGGUACUGCCGUGCAGAUCCCCCACCCGUUGACUCUGCGCCAGCGUCGCCGCACCGCUAUCAAGUGGAUUCUCGACCAGUCGGACAAGCGCAAGGAUGCUCUGUUCGCGCACCGCGUUGCGGGUGAGCUGGUGGCCGUCGCUGAGGGCCGUAGCUCUGUCUGGGACAAGAGAGAUCAGCAGCACAAGAUUGGUAUUUCUGGUCGUGCCAACUUGGGCCGAUCUCCCUCCGGCCUUCCAACGACGGUGGCUCCCACGCGUCCCGAUUCCAUUGAACUUGUCGAGUACAACCACCCCUCCCAGGACGCUACCGGACCGGACCUAGGGCCCACUGCUACAGCUCAGCCCUCAUCCUUAAAUACAAGGCCGUUUACUCCUGCAGCCAACUCUCAGGCGCUUGCGCUAGCUGGUCUUGUGCUAGAGCUUGACGAGGCUGCGGACGAGAAGAGUUUUGAAGGUCAGCGUCGGCCGCCCGGUGUCCGCUUUACUCGUCUGAGAUUUUGGACUGAGGCUCUUCGACGUCGUGCGCAGGCUUCAGAAUCGCGGAAGGUCGACUCCCAUACCGAUACCGAUACCGGAACUGACUCUGGAUCUGGAUCUGGAAGUACCGCCAAGAUGAAGUUUUCGCAUAGUGUGCAGUUUAAUGCUGUGCCGGAUUGGAGCUCGAAUUACAUUGCGUAUAGCAAUUUGAAGAAAUUAAUAUACACCCUUGAGAAGCAGGUCAACCGCACUGAGGGUCAGUCCACUACUGAUGUUGAGUCUGCGCCUCUGCUUGGUGCUCAGACGAGUAACCCCGAUGGGAUCUUUAAGCGGGCACUUGAUGCCGAGAUGGAUAAGAUCUGCACCUUCUAUCAGAAGAAGGAGGCCGAGAUCUUCGAGCUUACCGAUGAGAUUAUCAAGGACGCUCAUAUCUAUCUUUCCGAGACGGAUGGCGUCAAUAUGGAUCCGGUCAGCGAGACUAUUAUCAAGGCCAACUUCCGCCGGAAUGGCGGUACUUCUCAUCUGCCGCGCCGGCGAUCCAGUGCUGCUAGCAACGAUUCGAUGGCCGAUGACGAGGGCGAUAGCGAUGAUGAUCGAUCGCCGACGACGCUUGCUCAACGCCGGAGAAUGGCGCAGUCGACGGAUCUCGAGUCUGGCACUGAUGAUCAGCACGGCGAUCUGACGGACUCGACUUACUUCGGCCAGUCGAGUGCACGCGAGCCCCACGAGUCGUAUUUCAACGAUGAGGAUUUCCUGGCUCUAUAUAACGCCGGGAUUUCGUUGAAGAAGCGCCUGAUCGAGGUUUAUGUCUCGCUCUGUGAGCUUCGGUCCUUUAUCGAACUUAACAAGACUGGUUUCUCCAAGGCUCUGAAGAAAUACGACAAGACUCUGGACCGCAACUUGCGCCGCGAUUACCUGGCUUCUGUUGUCUACCCGGCAGCGCCUUUUAUCGAGAGUACCAUGGCUUCUGUCGAUAGCCAUAUUGAUAGUGUUGAGAGUGUGUACGCCGGCAUUGUCACCAAGGGCAACAAGCAGCUGGCUAGGCGCGAGCUGCGUCUGCACUUGCGAGAGCAAAUCGUCUGGGAGCGGAAUACCGUCUGGCGUGAGAUGAUUGAGAUCGAACGCCGUGCUCAGGCCGCGAACGUUGGUAUCCGUCGGACACUUUUGGGUGGUGAUGAGGAUCCUGCCACUGCUCGACGCCAGGGUGAUAAACAGGAAAUUCGCACCCAGGAGAUCAAGACGCCUCUGGGUCGAUUCCAUUUCCCGCUAUGGUUCUGUAGUCUGAGCUUUGGAACGUUGGUCUUGAGUAUUGCUGUCUUUGGUGCGAUGCUCUCGCUUCGGAUUAUGGAGACCCCUGAGCAGCAGAACUGCUUGGCUAUGUUGGUUCUCGUCAGCAUUCUGUGGGCUACUGAGGCCAUUCCACUGUUCGUCACUUCGCUUUUGAUUCCGUUCCUGGUUGUUGUACUUGGUAUUAUGCGGUCAGAUGACAAGCCCCAUAAGCGCCUGGGGCCUAAGGAGUCGGUAGGCAUGGUGUUCUCCGCGAUGUGGACGCCCGUCAUCAUGCUUCUCCUUGGUGGUUUCGCAAUCGCCGCAGCACUCUCCAAGUAUGAUAUCGCGCGACGCAUGGCCAUGUUCGUGCUAAGCAAAGCCGGAUCGAAGCCAUCCGUUGUCCUGCUCACCAACAUGUUCGUGAGUAUGUUCCUGAGCAUGUGGAUUAGUAAUGUCGCAUCGCCUGUGCUCUGCUACUCCAUCAUCCAGCCCCUGUUGCGCAACCUGCCCCCAGAGUCGGACUUCGCCAAGGCUCUCGUGCUAGGUAUCGCGCUCGCUGCCAACGUUGGUGGUGCCGCGUCCCCAAUUGCCUCGCCGCAGAAUAUCAUCGCCCUGCAGAACAUGUAUCCCAACAUCAGCUGGGGAACAUGGUUCUUCAUCGCGCUCCCCGUCUGCAUCAUCUCCAUUCUGCUCAUCUGGGGCUUGCUCCUGGCAACCUUCAAACCGGGCCGCAACGCAACAGUCAUCCCCAUCCGCCCCGUCAAGGACCGCUUCACCGGAAUGCAGUACUUCAUCAGCAUUGUAACCCUCAUGACCAUCGCCCUCUGGUGCGCCAGUCACCAACUUGAACAUAUCUUCGGCGACAUGGGCGUCAUCGCCAUCAUCCCCUUGGUUCUCUUCUUCGGAACAGGAAUCCUUAACAAAGAGGACUUCAACAACUUCCUAUGGACGAUCAUCAUCCUCGCCGCUGGUGGACUAUGCCUAGGAAAGGCCGUCACCUCCUCAGGAUUGCUGCACACCAUCGCCGGAAGCAUCACAGCCCGCGUCGAGCACCUCAGUCUAUACAGCGUGCUGUUAGUAUUCAGCGCUCUGAUUCUCGUCAUCGCAACCUUCAUCUCGCACACCGUCGCCGCCCUGAUCAUCCUCCCUCUCGUCCGUCAAAUCGGCGUCAACAUGGAGAACCCCCACCCGAAUCUGUUGGUCAUGGCCAGUGCCUUGAUGUGUUCCGUCGCCAUGGCAUUGCCAACCAGUGGUUUCCCCAAUAUGACUGCCAUCAUGACCGAAGUCCCCCAAACAGGCCAGCGCUACCUCCAAGUCCGCCACUUCCUCACCCGCGGUAUCCCAGCAAGUCUCAUGUCAUUCGUGGUCAUCGUCACGCUCGGCUAUGGAUUGAUGUAUGUCGCGGGAUUAUAG